AUGUGCAAUCACCAUCUGUGCUGGGUGCCUGGUGAUGCCGUAAGAUGCUUUGAUAAGCAGUAUGAACACAAGGGCAGAUGCUGCAACCGGUGUCAGCCAGGGGAAAAGCUGGUCUCCGAAUGCAAUGACACAGAAGAAUCUGUCUGCACCCGCUGCGAGAGUGGGCACUACCAGCAGAGCUGGACCAAGGAGAGGCACUGUGCUCCCCAUGAUAUCUGUGAGGACAAUGCUGGCCUCAUCGUGAAGACGCAGGGAAACGCAACACACAACACGGUGUGCCAGUGCCAGGACGGCACGCACUGCUCCGACACCAGCUGCCAGACCUGCGUGGAGAACCAGCCCUGCCAGCGCGGCUUCGGCUUCGUGGCAGCCAAGGCCCAGGCCCGGAUGUCAUCGCCCUGCGAGCCCUGUGCAGAAGGCACCUUCUCCAAUGUCUCUUCUAAAACGGAGCCAUGCCAUCCCUGGACAAGCUGCGAGGAAAAGGGGCUGAUGGUGAAGGCGAAAGGGACGAACACCUCUGAUGUGAUCUGCGAGUCGGGCAGGCGCUCCUCGCUGUCGGUGCUGAUCCCCAUCACGGCCGCAGUCGUCACGUGCCUCGUGGGCCUCUCCAUUUACUGCCUGGUCCACACAGAUCCCAGGCGACGCGUGCAGAAGCAGAUGGAGACUGAGAUGCCUGAAGACAUCCUGGAGGUCCAGCAGCCAGCAGACAAUGGGGAAGAUGUCUGCCCUGUGCACAAGACCCUGCACAGGGGCCAGCCCGUGGCCCAGGAGGAUGGCAAGGAGAGCCGCAUGUCGCAGCAGGAGAGGGUGUGA